CUACUGUCAAUCUAACAUGGAAUUAGGUAAGCAAUCCGAAUUAUUGGGCAUCGGUUGUGGACAAGUCAAACAGAGGGAGGGAAGGGCGACGAAGCCGCCUCCUCGUUUGUCUUGGUCGUAGUACUCGCGCCAUCAGCACCAACCCACGCCACGGCACACCCCAACCCCAACGAACAACGAGGUAUACAAUUCAUUUCCCAACAGAUCAAUCAUCCUCUACAUGUUACAGCGACUCGGCCUGCCGCGAUUUUUAUAAUGCGCCGCGGUGGCCGUCGCUAGUGGUACAUAUCAGCACCGCCCCUGCCUCGAGGUUGCGUGUUUUGUUCUCUGUGAGCGUCGUGGGUGUUGAUGGCGUCAACGGCGUACUCGCGGCCAUCCAAGCCGCCUGGGCCGGCGGCCGGAGACAGGAGCGGACCGCGGCUGGCCAAGGAGCUCGGCAGGAUCGAGCCCAAGAAGCUGGGCAUCGGGCUGGUUGCCGGCUGCUGCUUCGCGCUGCUCACCUACCUCUCCUUUGCCCGGCUGUUUGCCAUCUACUCGCCGGUUUUCGACAGCUCGUCGUCCAUGGUGUUGAAGAACAUGCCGCCAGCAACGACGACGGUGCCGGGUACAGCUACAGGGGCGCUGCCGGUGGAGGAGCAGAAAGAGGUUCGUGACCCUGAGGCGGACCCGCACAUGCCGAACUUACCGGAGGUCACAGAAAAGGAUCAGCAGGAGGAGGCCACGGCGACGAAGCCAGCCGGUGGUGCCAUUAUUACAGAGGCCAAGAUCACCUGCGACGAGAACGGCGUCGACGAGGGCUUCCCGUACGCACGGCCGCCGGUUUGUGAGCUAGCCGGCGACAUCCGUGUCAGUCCUAAGGAGAAAACCAUGUACUUCGUUAACCCGUCCGGCGCCGGCCCGUUCGACUCCAACGGGGAGAAGAAGAUCCGACCGUUCGCCCGCAAGGACGACUUCCUCCUCCCCGGCGUCGUGGAGGUCACGAUCAAGUCCGUGUCCUCGGCCGCAGCCGCGCCGCGGUGCACCCGCCGGCACGACGUCCCGGUGGUGGUCUUCUCCGUGGCCGGGUACACGGACAACUUCUUCCACGACAACACGGACGUGCUGAUCCCGCUGUUCCUCACCACGGCGCACCUGCAAGGAGAGGUGCAGCUCCUCGUCACCAACUACAAGCCGUGGUGGGUGCGCAAGUUCACGCCCCUGCUCAGGAAGCUCUCCAACUACGACGUCAUCGACUUCGGCAAGGACGACGAGGUGCACUGCUUCCGGGCAGGCCACCUCGGGAUGUACCGCGACCGCGAUCUCAUCAUCUCCCCUCACCCCACGCGCAACCCGCGCAACUACUCCAUGGUUGACUACAACCGCUUCCUCCGCCGCGCCUUCAACCUGCCGCGCGACGCGCCGGCGGUGCUCGGGGAGGAGACCAGCGCCAAGCCUCAGAUGCUCAUCAUCGAGCGGAAGGGCACGCGGAAGCUGCUCAACCUACCCGAGGUGUCCGCGCUGUGCGAGGCGCUCGGCUUCGCGGUGACCGUGGCAGAGGCCGACGCUGACGUGCGUGUGUUCGCGGAGAAGGUGAACGCGGCCGACGUGCUCCUCGCGGUGCACGGCGCCGGGCUCACGAACCAGAUCUUCCUGCCCACGGGCGCCGUGCUCGUGCAGAUCGUGCCGUGGGGCAAGAUGGACUGGAUGGCCACCAACUUCUACGGCCAGCCGGCGCGCGACAUGCGCCUCCGGUACGUCGAGUACUACGUCUCGGAGGAGGAGACGACGCUCAAGGACAAGUACCCAAGGGACCACUACGUGUUCAAGGACCCAAUGCACAUCCACGCGCAGGGGUGGCCAGCGAUCGCCGAGAUCAUCAUGAAGCAGGAUGUCAUGGUCAACAUGACAAGGUUCAAACCCUUCUUGCUCCAGGCGCUCAACGAGUUGCAGGACUAGCUGCAGCUGGAGAAGGGUGAUUCCCUUUGUAUGGCUCGAUACGGACAGUUCGGAUAGGGCGAUAGGCCAGCACAGAUGCGGUACAGGAGGGCCUUUCGUUUGUUUCCCUUUUUUAUUUGUCAUUUUAAAUCAACUAAAAUUGAUAUUUUUAUUUGGGACUGUUUAUUAA